AUGAUUCAAAAUGCUAUUGCGAGUGCGGACGCUUUUCGUCGUGGUGUCCAGAGAAAGACAAAGGUCGAGCCUACCGCGGAGGAAUACAACAUUUUCGUCUCGUCAGCGUGGCGACUUUGCCAGAGUAGGCCAAAGGAGUGGCUCCGACAGGAGAACGAGUACUUGAGACGCAUUGACGGGGCCAGGAAGGCUGCCGCCGCGGACAGGGUUCAGAAAACAAGUGCGCUGGGUUCCAAGCAACGCCUCGCACCUGCCUCCCGCUCGCCUCAUGGUUCUCAGUCUUCUGUAAUCAAGCCACGUAUUCAUUCCCGCAGACCUAGGACUCCAAGGCCUUCGUCGAAUGCAAUUGAUGGCUUCGCCUCGCCCGAUGGUCGCUUCCCUACUCCUACCAGUCAGACUUCCGGAUCUGCUCCUACCCGUGCCAGAGCCGUGGCACCAAGGGAGGAUACUGACUUUGAGUCAAUCCCUGACAUGUCUCCUCCAAUCGAGACUUUGGAUCACCUGAAACCCCUUAAGGCAGACUGGAAAGGCACAGCACUCGAUCUAACAAACGACCCUCACCUGCACUUGCUUCACCCAUCCGAAGUUGGUCUCGCGUCAACUCUCCGUCUCUCGUGCGCUUCUUACCUUACAUCCAAGCGGAGGAUCUUCCAGGAUAAGGUUGAGAGAGCUAAACAGCACAAGGAAUUCCGUAAGACAGAUGCGCAGAAGGCCUGCCAUAUCGAUGUUAACAAGGCUUCAAAACUCUGGGCUGCAUAUGAGAAAGUUGGUUGGCUCGACCCGAAGCACAUUAUGAAGUACAUCCAUUAGAGGGUGCCGGUCACCAAGGGACAGAUGUUGGGGAAGGGAGAGAUACUGGGCUCAUGGCGGUUGAGAUGGAUUAUGGGAAUUUUCAUACGGGUUCUUAUGAUUUUACGAAUAUGGGCUUUUCAUCGUCUGUACAUGUUGGUGCCUGGAUAGUUUCAUGUUUUCUCUUACUUUUUUUUUCUCUUUUCCUGUUUUUUCCUUCUCUUCCUACAUAUUACAUGGUCCUUUUUCCUGUUUGGUUUCUUUCUGGUGUUAUUCUUGGGGUACAUUUUCAGGCUUCCUGGGUUUCUUGGUGGGCGGCCGGUUUGGUUUAUUCUGCGUUUCUCUUUGUUAAACGGUUUCGGGCAUCUAACUGGAUAAGCAACCGGAGUAUUGAGACGAUUUGUUUCUCUCUCUUUCUUAUUUUUUUAUUUCAUAUAUCCACUUCUUUAUCAUAACCUUUUGUACCCUUUCCCUUUGUUGUACUGCACUGCAAUAUCGGCGGCGUUCAAGUUUAUGUUAUUAACCCAGAGAGAUUCUGUGGAAGUUUUUUCUGUCUGUCUCUCUAGACUCCAUGUACCAAGUUAGUUAGCUCUCAUUCAGGCGCCUUUAUUUGAUGUAUUUCCGAGGGGGGUUUGCUCUAUGGAGUUUUGUCUUUCAUCCUCUUGUUCCGGUCCCCUCUCCCGUUCUCUGGCAUUCACGGAAUACAUGACCCGCAACUACUUUGAACUAAAUGCAUCUUAUAAUAAUACUAUGUUGAACUUUAAUCGCGUUGUGCAUUUGUUGAUUCUGGUGUAUCUACUGGGUUACAUGUUGCUGCACGAUACAGGACCACCGUAGCGAUGCGCCUAAAGAUAAUAAUAAUCGUACAUUGCUCGUA